AUGUCCAAUCUCUUUCAUUUCAGGUACAUACGGUGGGUUGAGGACACCUACCCCACUCUUGGCGCCUCCUCAGAACUUCGGGAAAUUCUCUAUCGAUGUGUCAAAGAGACUUGCACCUUAGAUGACGUCCAAAAUAACCCAAAUUACGUUCAAGCUUGGCUCAAGUUGGUUUCCUAUUGUGAGGCCCCCUCGGAGUUGUUUAACCUCCUCUUCUACAACGGUGUUGGCACCCUAAUGGCAGACUUCUACAUCGCGUGGGCCGACUACGUGCAGCAACUCCACCAAAAAGGCUGUUCGAUCGCGACUAAGUGGGCUCGUUUGGCCUCCAUCCUGGCCCACGGAUUGCGCGCCGGGGCGCAGCCGAUCGCUCUCCUAGAAGACCGAGCUGAGUAA